AGCGGGAGUCCGCCCUAGGCGGGCAGCGGGUGUCUGCAGGGCGCGCCUCCCUCCGGGCCCAGGGCGGCACCAGGAGGGAUGGCGCUGGUACAGCUGCUCGCGGGGGCCGGGCUUCGAGGCGGAGCCGGGCGGAGGACGCAGGAGCCCGGCUGCGGUGCCCCGCCACGGCCACCUCGGCGGGAGGGCAGCGUCGCGCCGGCCGCCCGUCCGUCCUCCCGCCCCAUCGCCCGGGAGUGGGAGCCGGGCUGCCCUCGGAAGGUGUUGCCCGGCUGGGAUGGCCGGCUUGAAGGGGCACUGCGCGCUUGGCACGGGGAGGAGCCAGGCUUUCCUAUGGGCACUGGUGGGUGGCACUGCAUGAGUUAGAAGAGAAGAUCCACGUGCUGGCGCAGGCUCUGGUUGGCACCAGCGGUGGGCAGCUGCAUGUGUGGGCUGGUGCCAAAGGCAUCCCAAGGCAGCCUUGCCCUGGUGGUGGUGAUGCCCUCCUUGCUGGACAUUGCGGACUGACGGGAGAGAGUGGAGAGCUUGGGGGGAGAGAGGGCCAGGCAGCCCUGCGGGCACCGGGCUUGCCAUGGCCUGGCGCCGCCUUGCCAUCUUGCUUGGACUUUGCUUGGCCAGCUGCCUUUGGCGCCCUGCUCGGGGCUGCGGCCCGGGCAGGGGCCCGGUGGGGCGCAAGCAGUCUAGCCGCAAGAACCUGACCCCGCUGCAGUACAAGCAGUUUGUCCCCAACGUGGCGGAGCAGACCCUGGGCGCCAGCGGGAAAGCGGAGGGCAAAAUCGGACGCCGUUCGGAGCGCUUCAAGGACCUGGUGCCCAAUUACAACCCGGACAUCAUCUUCAAGGACGAAGAGAACACAGGGGCAGACCGGCUGAUGACUGAGCGUUGCAAGGACCGGGUGAACGCCUUGGCCAUUGCGGUGAUGAACAUGUGGCCGGGAACGAGGCUGCGAGUGACGGAGGGCUGGGACGAAGACGGGCACCACCUGCCCAACUCCUUGCACUAUGAAGGCCGGGCGCUGGACAUCACAACAUCCGACCGCGACAGGGAGAAAUACGGGAUGCUGGCCCGCUUAGCAGUGGAGGCUGGUUUCGACUGGGUUUACUACGAGUCCAAGGCGCACAUUCACGUGUCUGUGAGAGCAGAUAACUCCAUGGCUAUCCGUGCCGGAGGCUGUUUUCCUGGCGACGCAGCAGUGACCUUGUGGAACGGCGAGAAGAGAGGCCUCUCGGAUCUCCGGCGGGGCGACUAUGUGCUCAGCGUGGACCAGAGUGGGCAGGUGACCCCCAGCGAGGUUUUGCUGUUCCUCGACCGGGACCAGCACCGGCGGACCACCUUUGUGGCUAUCGAGACGGACGGCCCCGUCCGCCGGCUCCUCCUCACGCCCUCGCACCUCGUGUUUGCCGCACGGGACCCGGCCAACAACACGGCGGACUUCUCUCCGGUGUUUGCCAGCCGGGUGCGCAUGGGGGACUCUGUGCUGGCGCACCGGGCGGGCGGCCGCCAGCUGCACCCUGCUCGGGUGGUCCGCGUGUGGCGGCAAGAGGGCGUUGGGGUGUACGCCCCUUUGACUUCGCACGGCACCAUUCUGGUGAACGGGGUGCUGGCUUCGUGCUACGCCGUCCUCGAAAGCCACCAUUGGGCCCAUCGGGUAUUCGCCCCGCUGAGGUUGGCUCACCGCCUCCUCUCGCUGCUGCCUCUCGCAGGCGAAGCCAGGAACUGCAGCGCCCAGGAGACGGGCAUGCAUUGGUAUUCACAGUUCCUCUACCGGCUGGCAUGGGGCGCGCUGGGCCAGGACACUCUUCACCCAUAGAGAGACUCCAGCCUGCUGGGCAGAUUUAAGCUUAUCAAGCCAUAAGACAAGGAUAAGGAAUUUGUGCUCCAGCUUGGCCCCAUGCCUUAUUGGCCAUGAUUCCUUAGAUCAGUGGUUUUCAACCGGUGCGCCGUGGCACCCUGGGGUGCCUUGAACGAUGGUCAGGGGUCCUGCGGGCAACAUUGGCCUCUGUUCUUAUUCCCUUCCCUCCCUCCUCUGUUUGUUGCUGCAGUAGCCCUGGCUAAAAGCACCACAGGCGAGUGGUGUCUCUGGGGCUGGCCAGGGGGUGCUUCCCAGGCCCCUGUGGGGCAGUGGGAGGAGGCACCUCUCUUUGGGGUGGGGAGGGGGGUAGCUCAGAGACCAAGGGCAGUGGCGGCAGCCCAAGGAGACGGGAGAGGAGAGAAGGCUGGGGGAACACUCCACGAGGGGUGGCUUAACUGGACUCCUGAGCCCCACAGAGGUGCCGCAGGAAGAAUGUAGUCGCUCAAGGGAGCCGUGGACCCAAUAAGGGUGAAGACCUCUGCCUCAGAUGAUGCCUCCUGAAACCACUUGCCACGAAAGAGAGGGAAAGGGUUUGUCGGCAGCGUAGGAUUUGGAAUGCCUGACUUGAAUGCGCCUGUCGUGGGCUGCAUUCAGAAGGCCCUGGGCUUUACCCAGACGGGUCUGUGGAACUUGCAGACAUCGAAAGGCACUCUCCGUCCCUCCUCCUCCUCCUCCUCCUAAAUUUAGCACAAAGCCAGCAAGACCCACUGUCUGGUUUUUAGUGGGUGGGGUGGAUUUCCCUCCUUCCAGAUGGUUGUCCCGAUCUCUGUUUGACAUUAGCAUAAAACAAGAGGUUGCUCUUCGGCCGCUCCACAAAGAUGAGUGGGGCCAGGGUGGGGGAGGCACAAACGAGAGAUCUCAUGCCAGGGAGAUCUGGGAGAAUGACUUGGGUCUGUGCCCUUCCCCUUGCCCCCUCCCUCCCACCUCCAGAGGUGCACUGCAGUAUUUAGAAGACAUGCAAAAAUAACCGAGGGGGUUCCAUUGGCUGCCCCUAAUUCUAGAGGUGCGUCCGCAAUGAUGUAGGCUGGCCAAUGAGCCCAAGGGUCCUAUUUGCAGCGCGGGUGCUUUGAAACUUGGCGUGCACAGGGUCACUUUAACCUGGCAUCCUUGACUUAACCUAAGUCACAACACUGGAUUCAAUGGGAAGGGGGGUGGCGUGGUUCAAGAUGGAAGACUCCAGUCUCUCGCAGAGAAAGGGCUGUCUUCCUAUUCUGUAGGCUGGGGCAACUGGCUGGUUCUGUGACGAUGGGGAGCCGCGGCCCCCUCAUUCCCUUCCAUUCUCUGCCACCUGGACCUCAUGCGAAGCUCACCCCCCACCCCACCCCCUCUCUGUGCAUUUCUUGGUGGGGGGGCCAAUCUUAACACUUAACCGCUGAAACUUUAAAGUCCAUUCCUUCACACUUACGAAGCCUGUUGUAACCCUUAGCUGCCGCUUCAGAGUUUUUAUUUUUAUAUUUAUAAAGUAGUAAUUUAAGUGUGGUCUGUCGCCACCUCUUGUCUCGUGUUGGGUAUAAAUUUGACGUUUUGCCAGGAAGAGGAUUGCGAGGGGUGGGGUUAUUUUUGUAAGCUGUGUUUUAACGUCUCCUUCCCCACCUCCCUUUUUUUAAAAUAGUAUUUUUAUGUGUGUUUUACUAAAGAUAAUUUCUUUGA